CUGGUUGCAAUCUCUGUGACCUUCUUGACCAUCACAAUCUUCUUCGCCUCUCUACGCUUCUUUGUUCGAGGCUACAUGAUCAAGAGUUUGGGAUGGGACGACUGGUUGAUCCUGCUUGCACUCGCUAGCUUCGUCUGUCAAGCUUCCUUCCUCAUUCACCUCGCAUGGAUGGAAGAGCACUUGAAUCUGACUUUCAUCAGACCUCUUGCGAAUGCCCUGGAAGUAGGUGAGCACAACACAAAAAUAUAUGUCGUUUUGGAACUCGCAUUCUACAUCAUGACCUCACUGUUCCUAAAACUCUCUCUGGCAGUCUUUUUCUUGCGGAUUGUCGUUGCUAAAUGGCAGAGAUACAUCAUCAUCGUAGGCACCUCUAUAUUCUGCCUCUUCACACUUGCCUUCUUCUUUAUCGCAGUCUUCCAGUGUGGACCUCCCUCUCAAUUCCUCCUCAACAACGCCAAAGGAAAAUGUCUUCCUUGGAGCGUCACUGGACCUCUGAACUAUAUCCAUGGGACUUUGAAUGCCAUCACCGAUUGGAUCUUCGUCUCUUUGCCGAUACUUGUUAUUCGUAACGCCAAUAUGAACCGUAAAGGCAAGGCCUCAGUCAUCGGCGUGCUUGCGAUCGGCGUCUUGGGCUCUGUGGCAUCAAUCGUUCGACUCUAUUACAUCAAGGACAUUCAUCCCCGAGCAUCUAGCGCAACCGAAUUUUUCUCCAAAGCUGCGACAAUUGCUAUCGUUAGUAUUAUUGAAUUGGGCUUGGGAAUUACAGCAGCGUGUCUUGCAACACUAAGACCAUUGUUCAAA